AUGAAUAAUUAAUUAGAAAAGAAAUGUGCUUAACAUGAUUAAGAAUUUUAAGCUGCCAAUAUAGGGUUAGAUAAUAAUGAUAAAAAUAAUUAUAAAUGUCCUCAAUGUUUAUACGAACUAAUAAAUCCUUAAGAGAUGAUACUUAUUAAUGAAUCAAAGAGAUAACUUGAGAAAAAAAAUAAAUAAAUCUUUGAAUACAUCGAAGAAUAAAGCAAAAAAAAAAUAAAUUUAGCUAAUAAUCUAAAAAAUAGUGUCUCAGAAUUAAAAGGUCCUCUAAAAUAAUAGUUUAGCAAAAUUAAUGGGGAGAUUGAUUUGUUUAAAAAUUAAACUGAAGAUAGCGAUAUAAUUCCUCCUGAAAACCUAGAAAUUGAUUUAACGUUAUUAACUGAUGAAUAAAGGAAAUUUUAAUUAGAUAAAGUAUUAGAAAAGGAUUCAUUGUUGUUGAAGUCAUUGCUCAAUUAAUCUUAAUUUUCUGAAAUAUCUAGUCUUACAAAAUAAAAGUUGAUAGAGAUUAUUGCUAAGAAUUAUGAAAUACCGAAACUACAUAUCGAGAGUGAAGAUGAAAGAAAUUAAAAAACUAAGGUAAUUAUUAUUAUCAAUUUAGUCAACUCCAGCAUUAAAGUUUCUAUGUUAAAGACAUGAUUAAUAAAUUAUCAUGGUUUAACUUAAUGAAAAGAAUUAAUUUUAAAAUUACUCUUGUGUUUAAUGUAUUUCAGAAAAAUAAGGAAAAUACAUAACACUUCUUUAAUUGUAGUAAUCUUUUGAAACUUACUAUAAAUUAUCUGGAAAAUCGUUAAAAUAUUGUUAAUAAUUAAGGGAGCAACACACAAAUGAAAUUAUAAAAAUUUGUAAUUAAUUACGAAAUAAAUAUAUUGAAACCAUAAAUUUACUAAUUAAAUAAUUAGAAGAAAAUUAUAAAUCAUUUGAAAAGAUAAUAAAUACAAAUUUAUAAUUUAAGGACCAAAAUAUCUUGUUAUUUGAAUAAGAAUAAUUAUUAUAAAUAUUAAAACCAAUAUAUGAGGAUGACAAUCCAAACCAUUAUUUUAAACUAAUUGAAAAAUAAUUAGAAUUAGAUAAAGAAUUAAAUUUCAAAUUUGAAUAAUAAAUGUAAGAAUUAAUUGAGUUUAAAAUGCACAAUUUAAAUGUAAUUAAGCUUGAAUAAUUUAAUCAUUAAAUCAUAUUGAAAAAAGUAGAGAAUCAAAUAGAAUCAUAAAAAUUAUAUUAGUAAGAUGAAGAGAUUAAUUCAGAGAUUGUUAAUUUAGAAAAUGAAAUAAAUAUUUUUCUUACAAAAAAAUGAUACAAUGUGUUUUAAAUGAAUAAUUUUAACAAUCAUUCCAAAACCGGGAUAAGUUAUACAAUAAUUAAACACAAUUAAUCUAAAAUAUCGUCAAAUUAUAAGAUACAUUAAAAAGACAACAAAAUUGUGCAAAAGAGCAAACAUCUUUUGCAUAAAAUUUUUAAACGAAAAUAAAAUAUUUAGAAAGUUUAACAACCUUACUAAAUUCCUAUUCUUUUUGUAAUUAAAUAUAAAAAGAAGUUCAAAUUUAAACCAAUGAAACAAUUGCAAGCACUAAUUUGAAAAUAAAUGAGGUUUUAUAUUUAAGAUAAUUGUUAGUAUAAGGAAAAAAUUAGUGAACUUGAAUAAGAAGUCCAAUCAUUAAAAAAAGAGACUUUAUCAUUAAUAUUAUCAAAUCCUUAUUAGCCAUAAUUUAAUAAUAGUUAUAAAUUUACUUCUUACUAAGUAGUUAAUUCGAAAUUAGUUUCAGGUAAACAAUUUUAAUCAUACAAUUAGAUACUUAAAAAGGGUUUGGAUUAGCUAUUAUGCAACCUCCAUUACCUAAAGAUAAAGUAACAUCAUUCAUUUUAAAAAUAAAUGUAAAUAUCUUUAAUUUUUCAGAAAUACGAUUAAUGGGCAGGAAUUGGAAUUUGCCACCUGUAAACAGCCUAAAGCUUUGGUUACGAUAUUAGUUUAAAUUAUUAAUAAAAAAACCAUAAUACUUAUCUUUUAUUUGGUGGUGGAUUUAGAAUGUCAAGCUAUUAAGGUUAUACUACUGGAAUUAACUUUACUUACAGUGCAAGUAGCUUUAUUCAUUGUUAAUAUGAUCCAAUAAAUUGUAAGUUAAAUUUAUUGCAUAUAAAUGUAUAAAUUAAAUAAAUUAGGAUGGAAAAACAUAUUAAUUAGAUUUAGGUAAUAAUAGUUUAGAAAUGUCUCCUUGUGUUGUGCUAUUUGGAGCAGAAAUAGAACGAAUAUGA